AAGGAACCGUUUGAGUCCGUAACAGAGUCGGCCGCACGCGAAUUGCAGCCGAUCGCCCGGCUGCAGUUGCUAGACGAUUCGCCAACAUUGUUUGAAUUAUUUCGAAUUAAAAACGAUUAGAAAGUGCUCGAAAAAAAAAUACGUUAUGCAUGCAUCAAGGCUGGCGUGGCUUUUUCGUAUUCCGCUUAAAAGGGUCGUCGUUUUUUUUUACCCUUUUCGUUUUUGCACUCGAAAGCUGACCACAUUUCCACCUUAAAAACGAAAAUGGAAGCAGGACCAACGCCUCAUCGAUCCCAAUUUUAUAUGGAUCCAGAUAAUCUGGACGAAGAAUUGGCCAAGGUGCCAUUAUUUAUGAACAAGCUUCCUGAAGAAAAUAAUGACACGCUCGAGGCUUUACAAUCGCUGGUAUACGACGGCACACCUGAAGAAAUUGCAGAAAACUUUAAAAAUCAAGGCAACGACUGUUUCAAGGAGGGCAAGGCUAAAUACAAGGACGCCAUUGAUUAUUAUACACGAGCUAUCGACACAGACUGCUCGGACGCAAAAAUUCUGGAGGCAUGUUAUGCAAAUCGUGCAGCAGUGAACAUUGAACUUGGUAACUAUGGCCGUGUGCUACGCGAUUGCGCCAAAUGUUUAGAAUACAACCCAAAACACGUAAAGGCACUUUAUCGAUCUGCGCGUGCCUUGUUUGUCUUGGAACGGUUUGACGAAGCACAUGACUGCUGUGAACAUGCUCUUCUUGUGGAUGCAGACAACAAGGUCGUCGCAGAUUUGAAGCAAACGAUCUUGAAACGAAAGGAACAAGUGGAGGCCAAGCAACGGGCAAAGGAAGAAAAGGAGCGCAAGGAGAAGGAAGAAAAAGAGAAGUUGGAACAGGCUUUCAAGGAGCGAAACAUCAAAUUUGAAGUGACGGAAGCCGAAGUACGAGAAAAGGCCAACAUCCAACUCGACCCAGAAAGCAACACAUUAUCAUGGCCUGUGUUUUUCCUGUAUCCGGAGUACAAGGAAAGCGAUUAUAUCCAAUCAUUCAACGAAACCAACACGUUUUUGGACCAUCUGGAAAUCAUGUUUGAACAACGUGCGCCAUGGGAUGAACGCGGCGAAUACACACCCAACAAUGUCGAGGUCUAUUUCGAAAACAACCAAAAGCUGCGGCCAAGCAUCAUCAAAAUUGGUAAAAAGCUUCCGUUGGGCAAGAUAUUAUCGUUGGAUCAGUAUGUGGUUACGAACGGUGUGCCCAGCUUUAUUAUUUUGCCCAAAAAGUCGCCCUUCAAGGAUGAGUUUUUGAAGAAGUAUAAGAAGGAUCCGCAGUAGUAGUUGGUAGCAGCAAUAGAAGGGAAUAUUGUACUAUUUGUAAGACAGGAAUUUAAAAAUAGCUACAACUUGCAAUACAACACAUUAACCAUCACUAUCGUCGAAGGAUGAAAUGCUGCGCACUCCAUACGAAUGACGAGGGCUGGA